UGAGAAACGAUAUGCCCUCUGUGUAUAUAGAAACGUGAGAUUGAACUACAUAGCAAAUGUCCACGAAUGUUCCCAAUGGAUAUAGAUGGAUCAAAACAAUAAUAAUGAACAAUUUUCCCUUACGACUGUCGAUCCAUCCGAUCAAGAUGACGUUGAUUUUGAUGUAACACCAUCACCUUCGGUGACAUCCAGUGUCAGUUACGAAAAAUAUUCUUCCUCAUCAGCUUUAAUGCCUCAAACUUCAGCUACUGUCCCCAGUACACGGUCUGAGACGGAGCGUCAUUAUCAAUUGGACGGCAAUAUCAAUGUUAUCAAUCAAUUGGAAGUUAAUCAAGAUGUACUUUGCAUCUGCUAUACGGAAACUUAUGAUCUUUUGGCGGCAGGAGUAUCGGAUGGUAACUUAAAGUUGUACAAUGUUAAUUCAGAGGAAAACACUAACGCAACAUUGACUCUAUGCGAUGCGGAGAUGAUGCAGAAUCCGGCUCCAGUAACCGCUGUAAAACAUCGACCGGUACAAAAAACACAUCCCAUCACGCAUACGCUAAUAGCAACUUAUGCCAAUGGCUGUGUUAAAUGCUGGCAUUAUCCAACCGCGCAAUGCAUUUACACGAUACGAGAAAAACGGCAGACACUUGGUUUAGCUUAUCAUCCUCAAUUACCAAAAUUUGUUACUGUCGGGGACGAUACGAAUCUGUAUUUGUACGAUGAAGAAACGAAGACGCGGGAAAGAGUAUUUCACGGAAGCCUUUCACCCGAAAUCAUGGAUGGCCAUAAAUCCAGAGUCUUCAGUGCCUGCUUCCAUCCCAAAUCUGCGUAUGAGAUAAUAAGCGCCGGCUGGGAUGACACUAUUCAGUUCUGGGACACCAGACAAGCUCACUCCCUUCGAUUUAUAUCAGGUGUACAUAUGUGCGGCGAUGGUCUAGAUAUCAGUAGAAAUGGAAAAGAGAUUCUUACUUGUUCCUGGCAAAAGAAAGAUCCUUUGCAAUUAUGGGACUAUGCUACUGGCAAACUGAUUGUCAGCAUGGAACCGGACAGUUAUCCUUGUUUGUUAUAUGCCGGAAAAUUUGUGACAAAUUUGUACAUUGCGUGCGGUGGCUGCGACACUGAUCUCUUCAGGAUCGUUGAUUUACGAUCUUAUUCGACUAUGGCUAUGAUCAAAUACCUCAAGAAUGGCGUGUAUAGCUUAGACAUCGGGCCAUUGGAAACGAAGUAUUCCAAACGAACGGCUCUACCGAAGCUCGCUUUUUGCGCCGGAACAACGAUUUUUGAGGUAGAUGCUCAGCCUGCUCCAUUGACUACUUUGUGAGAUUUUUUUUAAUUUUUUUGAUACACGAAUAUAUACAUUAUUUUGUAAUUUACAUUUAUUUAAUUCGUAUUUCCAAGUUUAAAAAUGAAGUAUUAUCUUGAUCUCAUCGCAUGUUUUUAAAUACAGCUGAUCCACCAUUGGUUCAGUAAUGUGAUAUUUGUAAAUAUCUAGUCGAUAUAAAAUUUUUAUGCAAGAUAAAUUCUCUUUUAAUAUCCAUGCAUAAUCAUAAAGAAAAAAUAAUUUUCUAAACAAAUUUUUACAGCGAGAUAGUGUUGUUUUAUAUUAUGUAUAAAAUAUAUAAUAACCGUUUGUUUUUCAGUUUGAUAAAUGCUAAUAUUUUCUAAUAUUUUAUUUUCUUUACGAACGAGUUAGUUCGAAAUAUGAUAUCACUAUAAUGUAUAUAACGCAUUAUUAAAGAUAGAAUAAAAUAACAGGAAAUACGGAGAAAGAAAUGAUAAUGUUUAAAAAAAUAGAUCAAUUAUAUCUCUUUUUCUCUUCGGUAAACGUAUGUUUUUCGAAGAAAGUAGCAUAUGCACUCUCAAGCAAUAAACAAUGUAUUUUAUUUGAUACAAACUAUAGUACAAAAUUUAUACAGAACAACGUACGGUUUUAUCAUUUCUCAUAUGACAGCAAGUUCUCAUAUCGAGCGAACGCACACACUUAAGCAAGACUUAAAAGAGACAAGUAUUGGGGGCGGUCGGAGGAACAGGACAGGGAUAAUCACUAAAACUGAGCACAUCGAUUUGUGACAAUAUAAACUUACUUGACACGAGCAAAUCCAUCGGUUGUUGAAACGAUUCGGUGUAGAAAAAAGAUUGCUCGCGCACAAACACGCUGAGAGAGCAGAAAGCGCAUCGUUUUAUUAUAUACUCGCGCCGAAGACGACGAUAUGUCCUGCUUCACAACACUUGAGACGAUUAGUAUAUCGUCAGACAUUUAUCUACACUCUACAUGACGGUCAUUGAAAUCUUGGGCAAUCUUUAUUAACGGAUUAAAAUCAGCUUUAUUAGCUGAUAAUAAAAUAAAAAAACAAAAAAAAAUAUAUAUAUAUAUACAAACAAUUCGAAUAUACUCUAAAUUUGAUGACUUUGCUGGAGCAUUCAAAACUCUAAAAUUUUAUUUUCGCUUAAAAAUAGGACGCGGUUGUCUUCGGCGAGGUAUCGCAGAGAGAAAAAAAAACAGAUCAUCCUUUUUUUCUAAAUCACAUCUGAUUGUACUUAACUUGUGUAAGUAGAGUAAUAGUUAAUCUCUAGGUGCGACCCAACAGACCUAUUCGGAAAACUACAUAUUCCACAUAUUUCGCCCGUAUCUACAAUCUGAACGAUCAACGAGCCUAAUUUGGUUGAAACGCGUGAUAUUUGUAAUAAAAUAUAUUUUUAUAUUACGAUAAAAUCGCGACACGCGAUCACGAAGCGUCUCUUAGCAGCGGUCGCAUUCGUCAGAGUACAUCGGAGUAUAAAAUUGGUCGUCAAUGCGCGGCAAAUCGGGUUUCCUUCGUUUUCGUCAUCUAACUAAAUUUCGCAAGACGCGGUAGAAAUGUGUGUGAUUUACAAAAUUAACGACGAGUCGAUGAUAUGUGUUUAAAAAAAUAUUGUGACGUUUACAUACAGAUAUAAUCGCUCCAAGUCGAUCGAUGGAAAAGUAUAUAUAGUGCAUGCAUGCACUCAUGUAAAUCAACAUACUUUUCCUUGUCGUUUCCUUGUACUUUUUCUGAUUUAUGAAAAUUAAUAGCGACAUUUCCUGAUGCGCUAUCGUUGCUGUAUCGUCAGCCAUUGAAAAGCAUUACACGAUCAAACAAUCUCGAAAUUAAUCGAGAUAAAGAUAAUUUAUAAUAGUAGGAGAAUACAAAGAGCAAGAGUUAAUAACAAUUAAUGAGAAGAGGUACCUAAUUCGCAAGAAUAAGGGUCGUUUCAACCUAAGACUGUCUAAUUGUAUCACGAACAGCGGAGAGAUCCAAAUCCGUAUACACGCAUAUAUAGGUCAUAAGUUAAAUGUGAGACGGCAGGUCAAUAAAAAUCUAAUAAGAUCUGAUCUUUUAUUAAAAUCGUAAUCUUCGUCUUGCAACAUAUAUCACACAUUUCGGGAGAUAAAGUAAUAGUACGUAAUCCUCUAAAUUAUUAUUUUACACUUUAAGAGAAAUCUUUCUAAUCCACUUAUUACAACAUUGCUAUCCCUUCGAUUGACUAAAUUUCACAUAGUUCCAUGAUCAUGUAAAAUAUGGCCGUUGAAAAAAGAUCAGGAGGAAUCAUUUUCGGGGAUGAUUGGAAACUCGUGAAUUUGGAUACCCCCUUUUUCAAUCACACUCGUACUUUCGAAAACAAUCGUUCAACAAAAGAUACACUUCGCUACAUCGUAUGUUCUCGCACACAAUGUGCAUCAUACACUCUCUCUCUCUAAAUCACAUUAUCACCUAUAAAUUACUAAUAGUGUGGCUUAAUAUUACAUUAUCUCGAGGUCUCGUCGUAUAUAACUUUUAUUCCGUUACGACAAAAUCGCUUCGCAGAUCAGAAAUUUAUCUCACGAAGUAACUUUAAAUUCGUAAAAAAAAAGAAAGAAAAAAGAUCAAGAAAGCGAAGCAGAAGAAAG